AUGUAUGGAUUGAUUCUAUCAGUUUUAAUUAUUCUUCUAACUCCACUCUGUGAUUGAACAAAAAAAUUUUGCUUGCUCACGAAGUGGGCUUAAUAUUUUUUUUGAAAAAAUUUAUAUAUAAAAUUUUAUAGUAAUUUUUUUCGAAAUUUAAAAAAAUCCUAAUUCGGAAAAAUUUGAAAAGCAAAUAUUUAUUUAAUUUAUAUUUUAAAAUGCAGUUUGCUCAUAAUUAAACAGAAUUAGCUUGAUAUUUCGAUAUAAUAAUUAUCAUUUAUAUAUCAAAUUUUUUGUCCUAAAAAAUUGUUAUAUUAAAAAAAUUUGUUGUUUGCUCACGGAGGGUGAGUUUUUGGGCAAAAAAUAAGGAUUUUCCAAUGGUUUUGUUCGUUCACGGAGGGGAGUAAGUAUUCUGUUUUUUCUAAAAAAGAAGAGAAAAGCUGAUAUAGAAAAGCCACAAAGACUUUGAAAAGAUUACUCAAUUGAAAACUUUGCAUGGAAUUCUUCAAAAAUCCCUCCUCAGAAGUGAGCAGAUAUUUCAUCAGCUAUAAAUUCCCUUUCCCCAGAAUACCCAGCUAUUUCUUCCAAACUGAAAGAGCUUGAUCCUAGCAUAAUUCUUUUGGUAGACUCAGAAAAAUUAUUUUAUGAAUCUUUAGAGACUUUAUCAAAACAAAAAAUCAUUGGCGUCGACAUCGAGGAGCAUAGGAAAAGGUCAUAUCUCGGCUUUAUUUGCCUUAUUCAAAUAUCCACAAAAGACGAAAUUUACCUUAUUGACGCCAUCAAACUUAGGACUAGUAUUCCUCAGCUAUCCAUAAUCUUUGAAAAUCCUGAAAUAUUAAAAAUUUUCCAUGGAUCAAUUAAUGAUACACAGUGGCUUCAAAGAGAUUUUGGGAUCUGUACAGUCAACAUAUUUGAUACAUAUAUAGCAGCUAAGUGGCUUGGCGAAACAAAUUUGGGACUUAAUCAUUUAUGAAAAAACUAUUGUGAUUUCCAUAUGAGCUCUCAAGAAAAGAAAGGGUUCCAAACUUCAGAUUGAAGAAUAAGACCUUUGAACCAAAAAAUGAUUACAUAUGCUGCUUUAGAUGUACAUUAUUUGAUUUAUUUGAUGAGCACGAUGUCUCAGACACUUGAUGAGGAGAAAUUAAAAUUUAUAAGAGAUGAAACAAAUGAGAUUUCUAAUCUGAUAUAUACAGUUAAACAAAUAAAUAAAGAAGACUGCAUUAAAAAAUUCAAAAAACAUAGCAUUCAAGCAUUGGAUACACAAAGUGAGUACAUUUUUAAAGAAAUUUUUGAAUUUCGAGACAAAGUUGCAAUGAAGCUUGAUGAAAGCUGCACAUAUAUUUGCCCAACCCAAGUUUUAGUAGAAAUCUCAGUGGCAAAACCCCAGAAUUUUUCUGAAUUAAAAUCAUCAAUAUCUUCUUUUGGAAAAGAUUUUCCUUUAAUUCUAAAAAAUUCAAAAGAAAUACUAGAAAUCAUAAAUGAAGGCAGAAAAAUCCCUUUUAAGCUCAUAGAAACUAAUGAUACCAUAACUGAGUCUAUAAAGCGAAAACUGCGAAAAGAAGAACGGCAUAAGAAAUUCAUCGAAAAAUACACAGUCAAAAAAAACGUCUACGAAAACUGUGAAAUCCAAGCCCCUGAUGGAGAAAUCCUUUGCUUUGCUGACUUUAAAAAAGCAAGAUGGUACACUGAUAAAAAUCUUGCAGAAAUAGUACAAAAUGACCCUCUUAUAAUAAGACUAAAAUUUGAGCCAAAUGGAAGAGGGUUUAGUGAUGUAGAAGCUGAUCAAAAAUAUUACUCAAAAGUUAAGAAAAAUAUGUGUGUAGUUUGUGGAGGGACUGGGUGCUAUUUAAGAUACCAUGUGGUACCUUUAAUAUAUAGACAAGCCUUUCCGGAAAAUUAUAAAUCACACAGAAGUCAUGAUGUAGUUUUGUUGUGCCCGAAAUGCCAUGAAAUUGCUAAUAAAGAAAGCGAUAUUUUAAAGAGACAAAUUGCGGAGGAGUUUGAUAUUCCUUUAUAUGAAUUUGGAGAUAAGCAUAAAAUCAUCGAAAAAAUUAUCCAUUUAUGUGUAAAUAAAUCGAAAUUAUUAUAAAUUAAUUAAAUAAGAUAAGAUAAACAGUCUAGAUUAAAUAUUCAUGGAUAGAGAUAUAAAUCGAUUCAUAGACUUUGCAUAUCAUUGAAAAAACACAGAAAUAUUAUGCCAGAAGAACGAAAGGAAAAUCUGGAAAGACAGUUAAUGGAAUUUUUUGAAAAAAAUCCUGAAUCCUCAUUCAUGAUCGAGCGACACCAUUGAAAAUUCCUAAAAUCUGGAAAAUUAACUUCGGAUUUUCAUAUAGUUAGCAAUAAGACUCCUGCACCACGCUCAAAUCUAGCUGCCUAUGUUUUAUUAUAAUUAAUAUUAUAGAUUAAGUUGUAUAAUCGCUACACAAUUAUAAUGUAUACUUGCUAAUAUACUGUAUACUCUAUAGCUCCCGAAUUUUUAAAGAUUUACCUGAGCCAAUUUGUGCUUUGGGCCUCUAAGACGUCAUCUUCAAAAGCAUGUAAUCAUAAAAUAAUGGUUGACAAAAAUCUUAUCGGCCCCAUUUGACUGUCAUAUUUUUUAUGAAAAUGCAAAGUUAACCUAAAAUCCUAAUAGCAACUACUAUGCCAAUUUAUAAGGGUAAAUAAGCUAUAUUUCUUAUGGCUAGUUCAUCCGAAAUAUAAAAUUUCUCAAGUCAAUAAAUAACAAUCGGUUCGAUAAGUACAAGAGAGAGUGAGUAUAAAAAUUUCAUAGAAAAAGAAUUACAACAAAGCAUUGAAGACGACAUGAUAAUUGUAAUUAAUUAUUUGGCAGAUGAUAAAAACUCAAGCAACCUUAAAAACGUCCAUGGCGACAUUAAUUGAAAAAAAGAAACCCAAAAUAUGCAUGGAGCCAAAGUUGUACAAAAGCUGACAAGUCUAAAAGAGUUUAUAAGAAGAUGGAGGAUUCAUUUCGUCAAAACAAUGAGCCCUCAGCAUCUACCUGAAGCUUGGAGUGUCGAUCAUCUCCUUAACUGCCAAAAAUACCCUUAUUAA